CACUUCACUGUCUAUUCCCAGUAAGACGAGAGUGCAAGCAAGUUUAAACUUCUGUUCACUCACUGUUAUCAAUCAGAAGAACCAUGCGGUGCUACCUGUUCAUUCCAAGAUAUUUGCUGGCUAUCGCCGCAUUUAUUGCUUUUUCGAAUGACUUUAUAUUGGUAUCCGGUGAUCAAUCGAUAGCAAAGCAAACAAAUGUAAACGUUAAUGUUUACUACGAGUCACUAUGUGGUGAUAGUAUUAGAUGGAUAAAAGAUCAGCUCUUACCUAGUUACACGUCCUUGAAGAAACAUCUCAAGAUCACUUUAAUUCCGUACGGUAAAGCAACGCAAACACGUAAUGCCGAAACCGGUCGGUGGCAUUUUUCGUGUCAACACGGACCUUCCGAAUGCCUUGGUAACAAAGCACAAGCCUGCGGUAUUCAUGCCAUAGAAUCUAAUUAUGAAGAAAAUGAACAACAAGAUCAAAUAGUUAAUCUAAUCGGUUGUACUAUGAGCGAUCAAUAUCCACCAAGUGCUGUUGAAAAUUGUGCAGUAAAACAAAAUUUGAAAGAAGGUGCACUAAAGAGUAUAUCAGAAUGCACCAAAGCAGAUAAUUCUUUAGCAGAUGAUUUGCUUGCUGCUAAUGGUGAUAAAACGUGGGCUCUAAACCCACAACUUUCCUUCGUACCAACGAUAAUCAUUAAUGGAGUCUGGUCAGGAGAAAAUCAAAAAGCCGCAUUACACAAUUUUACAAAUACAAUUUGCGCUUAUUUGACAGAGGAUGAACGACGUUUAAUUUGUCCAACGUUGUAAGAUAAAAGAAAGAUCGACAGAAAUACUUGCAUAAAGGUAAGUUUUCAUUUAUUGUAAAAGAAAAAAAAAGAAGAAGAAGAAGAAGAAAGAAAAAAAAAAAGUAAAUCAUCAUUGUAAC